CUCACCUCCUCCGACCACCACUCCGACGCGACGGUACUACUGCGGCGUAGCACUCCCAAUCACUGACAGCAUUCUGGAUCUCUGGGUGUUUUCUUUUCUGGACUCUGGAGGGAGUCUAUGUCUGAGAUUCCCUUACACAAACUCAGGCGUCCCAGAAAGCUAUCCAAAGUCGGUUACGAGCGUCUCUCGAACAGCGCACCUUCACCCAACGGUGACGAACACGGCUCUCCGACCGACGGUAUGCCUCUGAGUCCGCGCGGAGCCGCGUCUGCGAGGCGGAAAGGUAAGCGGCGAGAGCGCUACAUCGACGAUGCGGACCACCCGGAAGAACAUGCGGGCCUCUUGGGCGAUGCGGAGGAUGUGCAGGAUGGAGAGUAUCGAGACGACGAAGAACAGGAACAUAGGGACCGUAGGGAGCCGUCGACACCGCGGUCACCUUGGUCGCGCAAGUUCAAGCCACCACAAGACAAAUCGAGAACAGUUCCGUUCAGGCCUCCAGACAAGUUACGCAGCCGCUUCCCGGCAAACAUUGUCCGGAACCAAAAAUACAAUGCCUUCACAUUCCUCCCGAUUGUAUUCUACGAACAGUUCAAGUUCUUCUUCAACCUCUACUUCCUGCUGGUCGCAUUAUCACAAUUUGUACCCGCACUGAAGAUCGGCUUCAUCGCGACCUAUGUCGCUCCCCUGGCUUUCGUCUUAUUUGUGACCAUGGGCAAGGAGGCAUAUGAUGAUUACAAGCGCAAUCUCCGAGACCGCGAAGCCAACUCUGCGCGCUACCUCAUCCUCACGCCUACUACCUCCAACUCCUCCCCGGACCUAGGUCGCGACGACGGCCCACACACGCGCUCUGUCCCGUCUUCUGCGCUCCGUGUGGGCGACCUCGUGCUUCUAGAGAAGAAUCAACGGGUCCCGACUGACCUGGUCCUACUGCGCACUUCGGACGCUUCGGGAACCUGCUUCAUCAGGACUGACCAGCUCGACGGUGAGACGGACUGGAAGCUGCGCGUCGCAGUGCCCACGUGCCAGAAGUUGCCAUCCGAGCGAGAGCUCAUGGAACUCGACGCGGAGAUCUACGCGGAUGCACCGACGAAGGACAUUCAUACGUUCAUCGGCACGUUCACAAUCAACUCACCGCGCUCUGCCUCGGAGGACGGUGUACCUAUGGUUCAGGUGCCCACCGUCGAGCCCCUCACGGCAGAGAAUGUCUUGUGGGCGAACACUGUUCUUGCGGCUGGCUCUGCCAUCGGCUUUGUCGUCUACACCGGCCCUGAGACACGCGCAGUCAUGAACACGAGCCAUCCUGAGACAAAGGUGGGUUUGCUGGACCUGGAGAUCAAUCGACUCGCCAAGAUCCUCUGCGCGGUCACGUUCGCUCUGUCGUUCGCUCUUGUCGCUCUGAAUGGCUUCCGUGGGCUGUGGUACAUCUACAUCUUCCGUUUCCUCAUCUUGUUCUCGUCCAUCAUCCCUAUCAGUCUUCGCGUGAACCUGGACAUGGGCAAGACGGUUUAUGCACAGCAGAUCAUGAGCGACAGCGAGAUCCCGAAUACGAUUGUUCGCACGAGCACGCUGCCCGAGGAACUCGGACGGAUAGAGUACCUGCUGAGCGACAAGACUGGGACUUUGACGCAAAAUGAGAUGGAGAUGCGAAAGCUGCACAUGGGCACGGUGUCGUAUGGAUACGACUCCAUGGACGAAGUCGUGCACCAGCUUGCCGUCGCGUUUGGAGCUUCUGCAGAGCAUGCGCAUAAACGCUUGGGCUCUACUACAACAGGGGCGCAACUUGCCACGAGAGGGCGUCGUGAUAUGUCCUCUCGCGUGCACGACGUCGUUCUCAGCCUUGCGCUCUGUCAUAACGUGACCCCGGUAACGAACGACGACGGCACCGUGACCUACCAAGCAUCGUCUCCGGACGAAGUGGCCAUUGUCAAAUGGACGGAGUCUGUCGGCCUGACGCUUACUUACCGCGACCGGACACGGAUUGAACUACAGACACCGUCCGGGACCCGCAUCACCUACGACGUCCUCGACCUCUUCCCGUUCACGUCGGAGUCGAAGCGCAUGGGCAUCGUCGUGCGCGACACUCAGACUGGCGAGAUAAUGUUCCUGCAGAAGGGCGCCGACGCGGUCAUGGCGAGCAUUGUGCAGCGCAACGACUGGCUGGAGGAGGAGUGCGCGAACAUGGCCCGUGAGGGUCUCCGGACGCUUGUCAUGGCGCGUCGAAAGUUGAGCGAGCAGUCGUAUGCAUUGUUCAAGGAGCGGCACCAUCAUGCGAGCAUUAAGCUCGAGGGUCGGAAUGAGGCCAUGGCUACAGUGGUGUCGGAGCUGCUCGAGCGCGACUUGGAGCUGCUCGGUCUGACCGGCGUUGAAGACAAGCUCCAAGACGAGGUCAAGUCGACGCUGGAGUUACUCCGAAAUGCUGGGAUCAAGAUCUGGAUGUUGACGGGUGACAAGAUCGAGACCGCGACAUGUAUCGCGAUCUCGACGAAACUGGUAGCGCGGAAUCAGUACAUCCACCAGGUCGCUAAAUUGAAGACAGCGUCAGAAGUUCGAGACCAGCUCGAGUUCCUGCAGAACAAGUUGGACUGUUGUCUAGUGAUCGACGGAGAGUCUCUGCAGCUGUGUCUGAACCUGUUCAAGAACGAGUUCAUCGAGAUUGCCACGAAGUUGUCGGCCGUCGUAGCAUGCCGUUGUUCACCUACUCAGAAGGCUGAUGUAGCACGUUUGAUCCGGCAUCAUACCAAGAAGCGUGUUUGCUGCAUCGGUGAUGGAGGCAACGACGUCAGUAUGAUUCAAGCCGCGGAUGUUGGUGUCGGAAUCGUUGGCAAGGAAGGCAAACAGGCUUCUCUCGCUGCGGAUUUCUCCGUCACGCAGUUCAGCCAUCUCACAAAGCUCCUCCUUUGGCACGGACGUAAUUCGUAUCGCCGUUCCGCAAAGCUGGCACAAUUCGUUAUCCAUCGCGGCCUCAUCAUCUCUGUGAUGCAGGCGGUGUUCUCUGCCAUCUUCUAUUUCGCGCCCAUAGCACUAUACCAGGGCUGGCUAAUGGUAGGAUACGCUACUGUGUACACAAUGGCGCCUGUCUUCUCCUUGGUGCUGGACCGGGAUGUCAACGAGGACCUUGCCUUACUGUACCCGGAACUGUACAAGGAGCUCACGAAGGGUCGUGUGCUAUCCUUCAAGACGUUCUUCAUGUGGUUGAUGAUCAGCGUCUACCAAGGUGCCGCGAUCAUGAUCAUGUCACUGGUGCUAUUCGAGAACGAGUUCCUAAAUAUUGUCUCGAUAUCGUUCACGGCGCUGAUCCUGAACGAGCUCAUCAUGGUGGCAUUAGAGAUCACGACAUGGCACAUCUACAUGGUGAUCUCGGAGGUGGCGACGCUCUUUUUCUAUGUCAUCAGUAUCGCGUUCCUUCCUGAAUAUUUCGAUCUCACAUUCGUCAUAUCUGUGCGGUUUGCCUGGAAGGUUGCCGUGAUCGUGGCUAUCAGCGCGUUCCCUCUCUAUAUCAUCAAGCUCAUUCGAAGUAGGAUAGCACCAGCAGCAUCUAGUAAACUGCUUUAACUUAUGCCUUGCUUAUGGGUAUUACGCGGAAUUACGAAUCUUUAAU